AUGAAAACCAUCCAGGCAAAAAUGCACAAUUCUAUCUCUUGGGCAAUCUUCACGGGGCUGGCUGCUCUGUUUCUCUUUCAAGGAGUGCCCGUGCGCAGCGGAGAUGCCACCUUCCCCAAAGCGAUGGACAACGUGACGGUCCGGCAGGGGGAGAGCGCCACCCUCAGGUGCACCAUUGACAACCGGGUCACCCGGGUGGCCUGGCUCAACCGCAGCACCAUCCUCUACGCCGGGAAUGACAAGUGGUGCCUGGACCCCCGCGUAGUUCUCCUGAGCAACACCCAAACCCAGUACAGCAUCGAGAUCCAGAACGUGGACGUGUAUGACGAGGGCCCGUACACCUGCUCUGUGCAGACGGACAACCACCCCAAGACCUCCCGGGUCCACCUCAUCGUGCAAGUAUCUCCCAAAAUUGUAGAGAUUUCUUCAGAUAUCUCCAUUAAUGAAGGAAACAAUAUCAGCCUCACCUGCAUAGCAACGGGCAGACCGGAGCCCACGGUUACCUGGAGACACAUCUCCCCCAAAGCUGUGGGCUUUGUGAGUGAAGACGAAUACUUGGAAAUCCAGGGCAUCACCAGGGAGCAGUCUGGGGAUUACGAGUGCAGCGCCUCCAACGAUGUGGCUGCUCCCGUGGUGCGGAGAGUGAAGGUCACGGUGAACUAUCCACCGUACAUUUCCGAAGCGAAGGGGACAGGGGUCCCUGUGGGACAGAAGGGGACCCUGCAGUGUGAAGCCUCGGCAGUGCCCUCAGCAGAAUUCCAGUGGUACAAGGACGACAAAAGGCUGGCUGAAGGAAAGAAGGGGGUGAAAGUGGAAAACAGACCCUUCCUCUCAAAGCUCAUCUUCUUCAACGUCUCAGAACAUGACUAUGGGAACUACACGUGCGUCGCCUCCAACAGGCUCGGCCACACCAAUGCCAGCAUCACACUCUUUGAAGUGAAAUCUCCAGCCCUGACCCCUUGGAAAGGCCCUGGCGCCGUCAGCGAGGUGAGCAACGGGACACCGAGGAGGGCAGGCUGCCUCUGGCUGCUACCUCUCCUGGUCUUCCUCCUGCUCCAGUUUUGA